CUUCCCUGAUCCAUCUCUUUGUUUAUUAAUCACAUUUCUCUCUCUCUGUAUCUUCCCCCCAACGCAACUACGCACACAUAUUUCUAUAACCCUUUUGCAUUUGUCUCUUACUCAUUGCCGAAUCAAAUUUUGAUUUCUAGCUCUUUGUCUUCACAUCUUUCUUCUCUAAUUUCACCCCCAAAUUGGGUUUCCAAGGUUCCCACUAAAAUCACUUCUUCGUCUUCGCUUUAGGGCUUUCUCUUUCUUCAUCUUCUUCAUCUCGGUGUCCAUGGACGCUUCUUGUGAUCUUGAAGUUGAUGUUAAUGGCGAAGAAACGUUCUUCAUUCAUGAGAAAAUCAUAUCGUCGUAUUGUGGAAAAAUACGAAAAUUAUUCGGUAAAUCAAAAGGCCCGACAAAAAAUCUCAAAGUUAUAUUCAACGAUUUCCCCGGAGGACCCGAAAGUUUCGAGCUUGUUUCAAGGUUUUGCUACAACAAGGGCAAAAUCGUAAUUAACCCCUAUACCUCACCUCGCCUAUUCCGCGCCGCACAUUAUAUGGAAAUGAACGAAACGGUUAGCGGGUCCCACAAUUUGCUCGAGAAAACCGAGAAAUCCCUUGAAGAAAUCAAGUUUUGGAGUUGGAUCGAGCUUCUUUCUGCUUUAAAGUACGUUGCUAUUUCUUCAAAAAUCCUUCAAACAUGUUUGGAUUCUUUAGUAGCACGACUCGUUUUCGCCGAAUUGAGCCUUUCUUGUCCAUCGAUUUCAUCGCCUGAAAGCUCGGCCCUUCGGUUAUCAACCGAUAGCAAAAGCACCGAGAGUGGUCAAACCCGUUUCUUGCGGUCAACAUGGUGGUUUGAAGAUUUGGUCAACGUUUUGACUCCCGAUUUGGUCAAACCAUUGGUCAAAUCGAUCAUUUUUCAUAAAUUCGAUCAUGGGGUUACAAGUAGGUUUCUUGUUUACUAUCAUAAAUCAAGAUUUAUCACCGCGAGUCCCGAAGAAAAACGAGAAAUAACGGAAACGGUCAUCGAUAGUUUGUGUUUGCUUGAUCAAAACUCAAACUCAAACUCAAACUCGGUUUCUUGCAAGAAUUUAUUCGGGAUUUUAAGGGUUUCUUCGAAUUUAAACAUUAGUAAAAUCUCGAAGAACAAUUUGGAGCGUAUGAUUGGGUCCCGCUUGGAUCAAGCGACUCUAGAUGAUCUUCUUGUUCCAUCUCCACACGGGUCGAAUUAUCUUUAUGAUGUGAAUUUAGUUUUACGGUUGGUGAAGUAUUUCUUGGUCGGAAAAGGCGGCGGCGGUGGCAGUUGUUUGGCCGGAAAAAGUGGCGGUGAGGUGGCGGUUUGUGAUAUGAAGAAAGUUACUCGAUUGAUAGAUUUGUAUGUUGCAGAAGUAGCUCCGGAUCCCCGUUUGAAACCGUAUAAGUUUUUGGCACUUUUAAAGAUCCUUCCGGAAUGUUCUAGAGACUCGUAUGAUGAAAUGUACCAUGCCAUCAACAUUUAUCUUCAGGUUCACAUGGGCUUAUCGGAUGAAGAAAAGACGAACAUAUGCGCUAGUCUCAACUACGACAAACUUUCGUCCGAAAUAUGCAAUCAUCUAAUGCAAAAUGAGAAAUUUCCGUCAAAAAUUACGAAAUUAGCCCUUAAAGCUCAACAAGUGAACCUUGAAAAUUUGUUUCUUGACAUUGACAUACAAAAACGGUUUGCCCUUCCACCUUGUGAAACCGAAAUAAAAGACGGGAGGCAUGGUCAAGUUGUACUCUAUGCUAAACAAGUUGUACCACAUGGAGGAAAAAUGGAUAUUGUGAAUGAAAAUGAGAAGAUGAGAGCACAUUUAGAAGGAAUGCAAUGGAGGGUGGUUGAAUUAGAGAAAGUUUGUAAGAAAAUGCAAGCACAAAUGACCAAAAUCUUGAAAUCAAGAUUGUCUAGACAAAAUAGUGCUAAAUCUUUGCCAAGGCUUUGCUCUUGAUAAUGUUUUUUUAUUUUUCAAAUAUUUUUUAGUAAAUAAUAUGAAAAAAUGCCCUAUUUUCUUGCAUUGUGAAACCAUAAAAAGUAC